AUGAGGAUUGCUGGGGCGCUGGUGCCGCUGGCGGCUGUGGUUUCGGCUGUUUCUUUGCCUGAGGCUUCUGCCGCUGCGGAAGGGACCACGAGUGCUUCCACAUGGACUUCUGUUCUGGACGCCAACGGGGUUGUAUCUUCGUUCGGACGGGUUCUUGGCGCGGCGGCGAGGAGACUUACAUGGUCUGGCACGAGCUCCACUAACGACGUCGAGGCCGGAGCGCAAAUCUACCGCUACGAAUCGGCGCCGGAAAAAGACCUCGCGGAGAGUGUCUACCAAAUAAUUCAGGAGAGCGGGCACGAACGGUUCGCGGCGCUGCUACGCGGACAAGAGGCCCUUCGGUCGAGGCUUGCCGGUGCCGAGGGGCAGUUCACGGUCUUCGUGCCCACCGACGAGGCGUUCCGGAAGCUGGAUAUGUAUCAGAGCGACGAGGCGCUGGUGCGUGAGAUGGUGGAGUAUCACGUUCUCGAGGGGGUGUACUCCGUGGAUGCCCUUCGGGGGAUGCAGACCGUGCCGACGGUGUUGGAGGAGCGCGGGACGGGGCGCCGGCAGAGGCUGAGGCUGAGGGUAGGCGGUGGUGGGGAGGAUGUCGUGCUGAACUUUUAUAGCCGGCUUUUGGGGGGUGAAUCUAGGCGGGCGAAGAAUGGGGUUGUGCACUUUGUUGAUGAUGUGCUUAUCCCGCCACCGAGGUUCGAUCGACUUAUUGAUGUGUUACCGGAGCGGCUGGGUGUGUUUUCGAGGGCGCUGAAGGAGACGGGCGUUGGCGAGGAGGCGGGUUUGGAGGGUCCGAGGGGUGUGACUGUGUUUGCACCGUCGGAUGAGGCUUGGGAUAAGUUUGGUGUUGAAGUCAAGAGCUUUUUGUUUGGGGAGGGGGGAGCAGGGUAUUUUAGGGCUUUGGUGAGGUAUCACAUCAUCGUGGACAAGAUCCUGUACACGGACGUGAGGGUUGAUCACACCAGGGAGUCUCGGCCGGGGAGGUAUGAGACUUUGCUGGGGGCCGGUGUCUCUGUUCAUGUUCACGGGAUAGAGGGCCGGCGGGUGAUGAAGGUGGAUGGGAAACAAGUUUCGGUGAGGGACUUGCCUGCUAGGGAUGGUGUUGUGCAUGUGCUCGAUGAGGUGUUGAUUCCAUCGACGACGGCUGAUGGUGUUGGAAAGAGCGGCAUGCUGGAUGUUGAAGCGUUGAAGAGGCGCCUUGACCCUUGGGUAAAGACAAGUGGAGGGUUUGAAAGUGUUGAAUUGUAG